AUGAGCACUCUGCAGACUCAUUCUUUGCACACUGAGUUGUGGAUUUCUGUGUUAGUCACCAACAACUACAUGAAGAAACUUUCUGUCUACUUUUUUGGCAGUAAUGUACAAUCCAGUUCUGCUGAACAAAAGAAGGGGAAAUUCCCCAUCUGGCCAGAGUGGAGUGAAGCCGACAUCAAUGCAGAAAAGUGGGAUGCUGGCAAAGGUGGGAAGGAGAAGGAGAAGGCAGGCAAAAGCCCCAUCUUUUGGAAACGUCCACAAGAUUUUAUAGUUAGCCGAACUCCUGUCAUUGUGAAAAAUGAAAUCACGUUUGACUUGUUUUCAACAAAUGAACACUUAUUCUGCAGUGAGCUUAUGAGGUGGAUUAUCAGUGAAAUCUAUGCUGUGUGGAAGAUAUUCAACGGAGGAAUUCUGAGCAAUUAUUUUAAAGGGAACAUGGGAGAGCCACCUACUCUGCUCUGGAAGCCUUGGGAACACAUCUACUCUCUCUGUAAGGCUGUGAAGGGUCACAUGCCUUUGUUCAAUAGCUAUGGAAAGUAUGUUGUAAGACUUUACUGGAUGGGUUGCUGGAGAAAAAUAACUAUUGAUGACUUCCUGCCGUUUGAUGAAGAUAAUAAUAUGUUGCUUCCAGCUACAACCUAUGGCAUUGAACUCUGGCCAAUGCUCCUGUCAAAAGCUAUCAUUAAGCUGGCAAACAUUGACAUCCAUAUAGCACAGAGGAGAGAGCUGGGAGAAUUCACGGUUAUCCAUGCGCUCACAGGGUGGUUACCUGAAGUCAUUCCUGUUCACCCAGGGUAUACUGAUAGAAUUUGGGAACUCUUAAAAGACAUACUGCCUGAGUUUAAGCUAACAGAAGAGCUCAGCUCUGAGAGCAAAAUAGCAGUGCUAGACAACAAACUGAAAGAAGCUGGAAAAGAGAUGAAAGACAGAAAGGAAGGGAAGGACUUGAAGGAUUUCAAAGCCGAAACUUCCUUAACAACCUUGAAGGUUCCAGAGAAAAGCGAUAAACUUCCAAAGGAAAAAGCAGAUGCAAAAGACCUUGGGAAGAAGAAGAAUAAAGAUGGAGAAAAGGACAAGGAGAAGGAAAGAUUCAAAUUUUCACUCCAUGGUUCGAGACCCUCAUCAGAUGUACAGUACUCUAUGCAGUCCCUAUCAGAUUGUUCUUCAGCAAUUCAGUCCCCUCACAUGGCUGUGUAUGCCACCUUUACGCCACUCUACUUAUUUGAAAACAAGAUCUUUACUUUAGAGAAGAUGGCAAACUCUGCUGAGAAGCUCAGGGAAUACGGACUUUCCCACAUCUGUAGCCAUCCUGUACUUGUGACUAGAAGUAGGUCUUGUCCUCUUGCUGCGCCUCCCAAAUCACCUCCUUUGCCUCCCUGGAAACUCAUUCGCCAAAAAAAGGAAACAGUUAUAACAGAUGAAGCACAAGAUGCAGUAAUAAAGAAGCCUGAGAAGUUUCUUGAGAUUUCAAGUCCAUUUCUGAAUUACAGAAUGACGCCAUUUACCAUUCCAACAGAAACGCACUUUGUGCAAUCUGUCGUUAAGAAAGGAACACCUCUGCGAUCCGGUCUUCUUCCCCUCAUGGAAAGUGAGGUAACUGCAAGUCUCAGCCAGCUGGAAGUAAAUACAGUAACAGCUACCCAGUCUUGGGGUAAUAGUGUAUCACAAACCAUACUUGGAAAAGGUACAGAUGAACCAGCAGAGUCUGUAACGGGUGACAGCCAUCCAACUGAGGGAUUUAGUUUAGAAAGAGAUUUGGUCAGCCAGACAACAGCAACACAGGACAAACCACAGGAAGAACUUGUAACAAUAAAUGAAAGUGCUUCCAAAGAAAUAUGGUUAGAUUUUGAAGACUUCUGUGUAUGCUUUCACAAUAUCUAUAUCUUCCACAAGCCAAGUUCUUAUCGCCUUAAUUUUCAAAAAUCAGAAUUUAAGUUCUCAGAAGAACGGGUAUGCUACUACCUUUUUGUGGACAGUCUGAAACCUGUUGAGCUACUGAUUUGCUUCUCUGCAUUGGUGCGCUGGGGGGAAUCUGGAGCCUUAACAAAGGAUGGCCCUCAGGUGGAGCCUGGACUCCUGAGAGUGGAAGAAAUCACCUGGAAGUCACUGAAGCCUCUCAGCCUGGUUCUGAGGCUCCACACCUAUUCCACCAAGGCCGCCAUGGUGUGCCUGCCUGUCGGGAGACACAUGCUGCUCUUCAGUGCAUAUUCCCCCGUGGGACAUGCUGUACAUGUCUGCAGUAUGGUGACUUUUGUCAUUGGAGAUGAAGAUGUUGUACUGCCCAAUUUUGAGCUGGAGAGUUACCGAUUUACAGAGCAGGCUCUAAUAAUUCUGAAAGCUGUUGGAAAUGUGAUUGCUAGUUUCAAAGACAAAGCUAAAUUGUCUGCAGCUAUGAGGGAUCUACAAGCAGCUCACUAUCCUAUCCCCCUCCACAACAAGGAACUCACUCUUCAGCACUUCAGAGUUUUUCACAUUUCUUUAUGGCAUUUAAUUAAAAAAACUCAAAUAAGCAAGUCUCCUUCAAAUCUCAAAUUUGCUUUUCGGGCUCUGAUUUUGGACAUGGACUUCCUUGAUUCCUCCGUAGAGGAUGUCUCUUUAGCAGAAUGGGUAGAUCUUAAAUAUCCUAUGCCAAUAAAUGAGAAAGAGUUUUCUUCUAAGGAAAUAGCAGCGGCAGUGAAAAUUCAAUCCAUGUGGAGAGGGACCUAUGUCAGACUAAUCAUGAAAGCCAGAAUGCCAGACACAAAGGAAAAUGCCAGUGUUGCAGAUAUACUUCAAAAAGUUUGGGCUGUAUUAGAACUGAAUAUGGAACAAUAUGCACUUUCUCUCUUAAGACUAAUGUUUAAAAGCAAGUGUAAAUCCUUGGAAUCUUACCCAUGCUAUCAAGAUGAAGAAACUAAAGUUGCCUUUGCUGACUACAUUGUGAACUAUCCAGAUCAGCCACCCAACUCUUGGUUUAUAGUGUUCAGAGAAACGUUUUUGGUUCCUCAAGACAUGAUUUUGCUCCCCAAAGUGUACACUGCACUUCCAAUCUGUUUGUUGCAUGUUGUUAACAAUGACACUAUGGAGCAAGUGCCAAAGGUGUUUCAAAAGGUGGUACCUUAUCUUUACACCAAGAACAAGAAAGGCUAUAUGUUUGUGGCGGAAGCAUUUACUGGUGACGGGUAUGUGUCGGGCUCGCGAUGGAAGCUCCGUCUCAUUGGCUCUUACACUCCACUCCCAUGCCUCUCCCGAGACUCUCCAAGCAACACGUUCACAAUAAAGGAAAUCAGAGAUUACUACAUCCCCAAUGAUAAGAAGAUCCUAUUCAGGUAUUCCAUCAAAGUGACAGUGGCACAGCCUAUUACAAUACAGGUCCGCACAUCCAAGCCAGAUGCCUUCAUCAAGCUGCAGGUGCUGGAAAAUGAAGAAAACAUGAUGAGCACAGUGGGAAAAGGCCAAGCCAUAAUCCCUGCCUUCAACUUCCUGGGGAGUGAGAAAGCCUUGAGUUCCCAGUCCAGCAAGCAAGUUCUUUUAUCUCAUACAUCACCUAAGAAAGGGCCAGAAGUGAUAACUAAGAAAAAACUUCCACAAACAAGUCAGAAAUCCAUUAAAGGCAGACCUGGAAGUGUGGUAGUAGACACGGGUCUGCCUCUGCUAGAGGAGGAGGUCAUCAACAUGCCUACUAUAGAAGAAAAUUCUAGUACACCACAGUGCUACAAGUACAUUAUACAGUGCUUGGUGUUGCACAACAGUUGGCCUCUCACAGAUACUCAGCUGACCUUUGUUCAAGCAUUGAAAGACUUAGAGAAAACUGAUAGCAGAGCUCACGAGAAACACGAAGAAUUAAUUACCACAGGAAGCCCUGAAUCCCAUGCUAUCAGUGAAGGGCAAAAGUCUGUAGGAACUUCCAAAACAACCAGGAAAGGCAAAGAGAAAGCUGCUGAGAAGGAAAAGUUAACCAAAGAAAGACAAGCUCCUCGCUUUGAGCCUCAGGUGGCCCCUGUCCAUGCUCAACAAGACGAUCCAAACAAACCCUACUGGAUUUUGAGGCUGGUCACUGAACAUUCUGAGUUAGAUCACAUCAACCUGAAAAAAGACACAGAACGAGCCGAUGAAAUCCGAGCCAUGAAGCAAGCCUGGGAGACAACGGAGCCAGGGAGAGCAAUCAAGGCUUCUCAGGCCCGUUUGCGGUACCUCACCCAGUUCAUUAAGAAGCCAUCAGAGAUGGAGACUUUGUAUGCAACUCAAAGUCAAAUUAAACCCACAGAAGAAGGAGAAACAGGAGGAGCUGGUGGGAGAGAUGGAGACAGCAAAGAACUGCCACCAACAGCAGCAGGGAGCAUGCUAUGGAAAAAGUGGCAGUUGACCAAGAGUGUAAAAGAUUUGACAAAAUCCACCAGCAAUGAGAGCAGUGUAUCCAUCUCUGGGAAGGAAGAAUGGGAGCAGAUCAUGCGCAAGGACAGCACUGCAACAUCCCAUUCACGAUCCCCAACAAUCUUGGAAAUGUCUCCAAAAGUCAUUCGAAAAGCAUUAGAAUGUGUGGACUUCAGUCAUUACAUACGGAAAACAAAUGACGAGGUUCUGCUGCAAACAGAGGAGCUCAGUCAGCAGCAAGCCAUGGAGAAGGCAGAAGAAAUCCAUCAGUUCAGGGAGUACAGGAGCAGGGUCCUUAGCAUCAGAGACAUUGAUCAGGAAGAACAAUUUAAGCUAAAGGAUGAAGUUCUGGACAUGUAUGGGGAGAUGCGGGACUCUUUGGAUGAAGCCCGACAGAAGAUCCUGGAUAUCCGGGAAGAAUACAGAAAGAAGUUGCUGGAAGUUGAACGCUUGCGUCUGGAAGCCCUGGCUGCUCAAGAGGCAGCCUUGAAGGCAGAGUCGGAAAAGAAGUCUCUGGUUCCCGACUCCCAGAAGAAAAAGAAAGGCAAGAAGAAGUAGCCAGGAGCUGCCCAAUGCUACAUUCUGUGAAGUUGAAAAUGGGUCAUCAGCUGCUUUGCCUGUGGAUAAUGCAUUAGACCAAUUGUGAAAGAACAUGUUUUCCAUUUUAGACAGUUUCCACAUUUUAAUGUUAAUGUAUUAGUUUUUCUCAGAAAAUAUUUGAAGCCAUUAGAGUUUAGGAUGUUCUCAUUUCACCUGGCUGUGAUGGCAUAAGCCUGUAAUCCCAGCACUAGGGAGGCAGA